AUAAUGCCAUCCAUCCAUUUCCUACCGCUUAUUCCCUUCCGGGCUGCGGGGGGCGCUGGAGCCCAUCUCAGCUACAAUCGGGCGGAAGGCGGAGUACACCCUGGACAAGUCUAUCUGAAAUAAUGAAUUGGCAAAUAUGUAUGCAGGUUCUCACCAAAAAUGUAUGGAUUUUUUUUUGUGGUCUAAAUAUGUUUUUAUUGUGUGUAUACUCAUAAUUCAGUCUCUGAAAUCACAUGUUGUAAUUUCUUGAGUGCUGUUGUACAAACACCAAAGAAAGGUUUACAUUUCUUGAAAGGUAGUUAAAGAGUACAAAACGCAGUCGGACUUUGUUUCAAAUUACGCAGCUUUAAAGUCACCCUCGGCCGUUUGUCAACAAGGAAGUGCUGUCAGGUGUGGCAUGUUUCAGUUCCUCAUUUCUGUCCUGUUGCGACCAGGGAAAGACCGCAAACUGAGAGCUUGGCAAUAAAGUUCCCCAGGAAAAUCAGUGCCAGAGAACUGCUGAUGAGUCACCAGCUCCGUCAGAAGAGGAAACAUGAGGACUCAUUCAAUACUGAGGACUGGGGGACUUUCACCCCUGACAUGAGUCCUUAUGUGUCCUCACCUUGUCUCCAGUCGCCUCCGGCUCCCAAGUCUCCGAUGACUUUGUUUCACUGGCAAAUCCAACAGGAAUCGCAAAGGUUUGAAGGCGUCUCCCCUGAGGUGCUGACCAGGCAGGACGUUGACGGCGACACAUGUCUUCACAUAGCUGUGGCUCAAGGCAGAAGGGCUCUGGCCCACGUUCUGGCUGCCAAGAUGGCAGGCUGCGAUGCUUUAGAGAUGAAGGAGCACAGAGGGCAGACGGCGCUUCAUGUGGCAGCAGCUGCCGAUCAGCACCUGAUUGUGCAGGACCUGCUGCUGCACGGCGCGCACAUCAACGCCAGAGACUCAUGGGGGCGCUCACCUUUACACGUGUGUGCCGAGAAAGGAUUCUAUCUCAGUCUUCAGAGCAUCUGUAGGACUUUGUCAGGUUGUGGACAGUGGAUCGAUACAGAAAUGUUCAACUACGAUGGCCAGACUCCACUCCAUGUUGCUGUCCUGUCUCACAAUGCUGCUGAGGCGGAGUUGAGGGCUCUCGAUCACACUCGUGCGCACCUGCAAGGGGAGCUGCUGCAACGUAAACACGUGUACGCUCAAUGUGUGGAGACCCUGCUGAACAUGGGUGCCUCCUGCGGGACAAAGGAUUUAAAGAGUGGACGGACAUGUUUGCACAUGGCCGCCCUGGAAGCCAAUAUUCAACUGUUAGACAUCAUCCUGCAGCAGCCGCUUGCAGCGAGCAGCGUGAACAUGAAGACCUUCAGCGGGAACACGGCCCUGCACAUUGUCAGCGCCUUGCGAAACCACCCGACUCAGCUGCGCGCCUUGGCCAUGCUGAUGAGGGCAGGAGCCGACCCCGGGGUCAGAAACAUGGACAACGAGGCGGCCUGUCAGCUGGUGCCUGCGGGAGACACUGGGGAGAAAGUGUGUCAGAUGCUGAGAGGCCAGCAUGUUCCUACUUAAAACAGACCACUGUCAGUCAGACAGUCCAUAUGCACAUAUUUGUUGCUCACGCCGCAGAUGUUGGUUGUUUCUGUGAAACAAAUCAGUUUGAUGUAAAGCUCAAUGAGCAAACACUUCACUUGUUGUACCUCAUCAUAUAAAGUCUUACUUUAUGCACUACAAUUAACUUGUAUAGUGGCACAUACAUCAUCAGUACAUUUAACCAUACUAAAUGUAAACAUUAGCACACUUAACAAUACUAACUGUGCAAAUAAGUCCACUUAACAGUUCUAGAUGUAAUAAUGAGUACACUUAACUAUAGUACAUUUUAAGAUAAGUCCACUUAACUGUACUAGGUGUAAAAGUGAGUACACCUAACAGUACUAUAUGUAAAAAUGAGUCCACCGAACAGGUCUAAAUGUAAAAAUGAAUACACUUAACAGUACUAGAUGUAAAAAUGUGUACACUGAACUGUGCUAGCUGUAAAGAUGAGUACACUGAACAGUUCCAGGUGUGCAAAUAAGUCCACUUAACAGUUCUAGAUGUAAUAAUGAGUACACUUAACUAUACUACAUUUUAAGAUAAGUCCACUUAACUGUACUAGGUGUAAAGAUGAGUACACCUAACAGUACUGUAUGUGUAAGUUAGUCCACUUAACAGUACUAUAUGUGAAAGUUAGUCCACUUAACUGUACUACUAUAUGUAAAAAUGAGUCCACCGAACAGGUCUAAAUGUAAAACUGAGUACACUUAACAGUACUAGAUGUAAAAAUGAGUCUGCCUAACUGUACUAGAUGUAAAGAUAAGUCUACUUAACAAUACUAGGUGUAAAUAAGUCCACUUAACAGUACUAUGUGUAAAAAUGAAUACACUUAACAGCACUAGAUGUAAAGAUGAGUACACUGAACUGUGCUAGCUGUAAAGAUGAGUACACUGAACAGUUCUAGAUGUGCAAAUAAGUCCACUUAACAGUUCUAGAUGUAAUAAUGAGUACACUUAACUAUACUACCUUUUAAGAUAAGUCCACUUAACUGUACUAGGUGUAAAGAUGAGUACACCUAACAGUACUGUAUGUGUAAGUUAGUCCACUUAACAGUACUAUAUGUGAAAGUUAGUCCACUUAACUGUACUACUAUAUGUAAAAAUGAGUCCACCGAACAGGUCUAAAUGUAAAACUGAGUACACUUAACAGUACUAGAUGUAAAAAUUAGUCUGCUUAACUGUACUAGAUGUAAAGAUAAGUGUACUUAACAAUACUAGGUGUAAAUAUAAGUCCACUUAACAGUACUAUGUGUAAAAAUGAAUACACUUAACAGUACUACAUGUAAAGAUGCGUACACUGAACUGUGCUAGCUGUAAAGAUGAGUACACUGAACGUUCUAGAUGUGCAAAUAAGUCCACUUAACAGUUCUAGAUGUAAUAAUAAGUACACUUAACUAUACUACCUUUUUAAGAUAAGUCCACUUAACUGUACUAGGUGUAAAGGAGAGUACACCUAACAGUACUAUAUGUGAAAGUUAGUCCACUUAACUGUACUAUAUGUAAAAAUGAGUCCACUGAACAGGUCUAAAUGUAAAACUGAGUACACUUAACAGUACUAGAUGUAAAGAUGCGUACACUGAACUGUGCUAGCUGUAAAGAUGAGUACACUGAACAGUUCUAGAUGUGUAAAUAAGUACAUUUAACAGUUCUAGAUGUAAAAAUGAGUCUGCCUAACUGUACUAGAUGUAAGGAUACGUCUACUUAACAAUACUAAGUGGAAAUAUAAGUCCACUUAACAGUACUAUGUGUAAAAAUGAAUACGCUUAACAGUUCUAGAUGUAAAAAUGAGUCUGCCUAACUGUACUAGAUGUAAAGAUAAGUCUACUUAACAAUACUAGGUGUAAAUAAGUCCACUUAACAGUACUGUGUAAAAAUGAAUACACUUAACAGUACUAGAUGUAAAGAUGAGUACACUGAACUGUGCUAGCUGUAAAGAUGAGUACACUGAACAGUUCUAGAUGUGCAAAUAAGUCCACUUAACAGUUCUAGAAGUAAUAAUGAGUACACUUAACUCUACUACAUUUUUCAGAUACGUCCACUUAACUGUACUAGGUGUAAAGGAGAGUACACCUAACAGUACUAUAUGUGAAAGUUAGUCCACUUAACUGUACUAUAUGUAAAAAUGAGUCCACUGAACAGGUCUAAAUAUAAAACUGAGUACACUUAACAGUACUACAUGUAAAGACGAGUACACUGAACAGUUCUAGAUGUGCAAAUAAGUCCACCUAACAGUUCUAGAUGUAAUAAUGAGUACAUUUAACUAUAGUACAUUUUAAGAUAAGUCCACUUAACUGUACUAGAUGUAAAGAUGCGUACACUGAAUUGUGCUAGCUGUAAAGAUGAGUACACUGAACAGUUCUAGUUGUGCAAAUAAGUACACUUAACAGUUCUAGAUGUAAAGAUGAGUACACUGAACAGUUCUAGAUUUGCAAAUAAGUCCACUUAACAGUUCUAGAUGUAAUAAUGAGUACACUUAACUAUACUACAUUUUAAGAUAAGUCCACUUAACUGUACUAGGGGUAAAGGUGAGUACACCUAACAGUACUAUAUGUGAAAGUUAGUCCACUUAACUGCACUAUGUAAAAAUGAGUCCACCGAACAGGUCUAAAUGUAAAACGGAGUACACUUAAUAGUACUAGAUGUAAAGAUGCGUACACUGAACUGUGCUAGCUGUAAAGAUGAGUACACUGAACAGUUCUAGAUGUGCAAAUAAGUACACUUAACAGUUCUAGAUGUAAAAAUUAGUCUGCCUAACUGUACUAGAUGUAAGGAUAAGUCUACUUAACAAUACUAGGUGUAAAUAUAAGUCCACUUAACAGUACUAUGUGUAAAAAUACACUUCACAAUACUAGGUGUAAACUUUACUAUAUAUAAAAAUGAACGCACUUAACAGUGCUGAAUGUAAACUUCAGUACACUUAGGUGCAAAAUGUAAACAUCAGUACACUUAACAAAACGAAAUGUUAACAUCAGUACACUUAACAAUACUGAAUGUAAAAUCAGUACACUUAAAAUACUGAAUGUAAACAUCAGUACACUUAAUACUAAAAGUAAAAAUAGUAUACUUCACAGUAUUAAAUGCAAAUAUAUCAGUACGGAAAUCAAACAUGCGUACACUCAAGAGUAAUGAUGUAAGAUGGGUGUACUUAGCAGUACUACAUGUAAAGAGACAGUACUAGAUGUAUACACUCCACUGUACUUGAUGUAAACAUGACUACACUUUACAGUCCAAGAUAUACAAGUUAAUGCACUAAUAGUACUGAAUGUAAACAUCACUACACUUAACAGUACUAGAUGUAAACAUGAUUCAACUUAGCAGAACUAAAUGUAAACUUAACUGUACUAAAUAAAAAUAAUUAGUACACUUAACAGUACCUAAUGUAAAAUGAGUACACUUAACAGAACUAAAUAGAUAUAUACAUAUAUACUGUAUAUAUAUUGAAUGCAAACAUAAGUACACUUAACAGUACUAAAUGCAAAUAUCAAUACUGAAUGCAAACAUAAGUACAUUUAACAGUACUUAAUGUAAUACUUAGUACACUUAACAGAACUGUAUACAAAUAUCAGUACUGAAUGCAAACAUAGAUACACUUAACAGUACUUCAUGUAAAAGUUAGUACACUCAACAUAACUGAAUGCAGUUAUAUACGCUGAAUGCAAACAUAAGUACGCUUAACAGUACUAAAUGUAAAAAUGUGUAUACUUAACAGUACUGAAAUCAAAUAUCAUUACUGAAUGCAAUCAUAAGUACACUUAACAGUACUAAAUGUAAAAAUGCGUAUACUUAACAGAACUGAAUACAAAUAUCAGUACUGAAUGCAAACGUAGAUACACUUAUCUGUACUUUAUGUAAAAAUAAGUACACUUAAGUGCUAAAUGCAACCAUUAAAGAACAUUUUUUAUGGGAUUUUUGUUUCACAAUUGCAAAUCAAAUGGAAUGUUACAGUGGAUGAUUGUGCCGCUUAUGUCGACAACAUCAAGUCCCGGUCCACAGUGUUCUUCUAAUUACUUAAUCAUCAUUUCUAUGAAAAAUGUGUGCGUUUAUGUAGCCAUGUCUUGUAGUGUUGUUAUCGCCACUACUUGUACUGCACACAAUAACUUCCUGUUCAGUGUGAAGCCAGCUUCCAAAUAAAAGCAUGGCAUUAUUUACCUGGAUUCUACCAAAACAAAUAAAAUGCAGCAGUCUUUUUGGAGCUUGUUAACCACCAAAAGAUUUGUGUAAACUCAGUCGUCAAGACAUACAAUGAACUUACUGCAGCAGCUCUGUUAGGAAAGAGUAUAAAAUAUUAAACGAAAACACAAUAAAAUAAAAAAUAUGCACGAAAGAAGGAUUUUGGUUGCGUCGACAUGAACGGUUCCCACUGUCAUUUUGUUCCUGUCUUUAUAUGGUUUGUACUUUAUUGGAUACUUAUGUUGUAUGACUCAAUUCACACACUUUAUCAAUAAAACUGUCAGCUGUGGUGUUGGUUGAGGUGAGUUUGUUAGUACAAACUAUAAUAAUACACAUUUUCAGUGUCUCUGAAAUGGUAGUCCAUUUCAGAGACACUGAAAAUGUGUAUUAUUGUUUGUGCUAU